UUGUCAGUAGGGCAGAACAUGUGCGUUUCCAUAGUCAUGUAAUGAUAUGAUCACACAUGCAAACUACGUAAAGGUGUGUACUACGUAGGCUACAGUUGUGUCGUCGCGCUCGUCGUGCAGAGUUGCGCUUCGACCGACAUGGCCGAAUCCACGGAACUUGGUGUUGAUACAAAGUUGGCGAAUAAGAGGCCUCAAUUUGGGAACCGAACUCUGGAUAACGCGAACGACGUUUUUCGUCACAAUGCUUGGGAUAAUGUUAUUUGGGAUAAGGAACAAGAAGAAAGAGCUCGACAAAAAGUUGCAGAGAAUUCGUUAGUUCUUACAUCGACUGAAAAGAUUGCUGAAUUUGAAAUAGAGGCAGAUAAAUAUUGGGAUAAAUUUUACGGGAUUCAUCAAAAUAGAUUUUUCAAAGACAGGCAUUGGUUAUUUACCGAGUUUCCUGAAUUAGCACCGAAUGACGUUAGGAAAGACAUAGAACGUCCUUUGAGGGCGCUGGCAGAAUUGCAAAUUACUGAGAAAGAAAGUAAUUCUGAAGAUAACGCGUCUCAUUCUAGUCAAAGAAUUUUAGAAAUAGGUUGUGGUGUAGGAAAUACAGUAUUUCCGAUACUACUAUAUAACAAUAAUCCAGAUUUAUUUGUAUACUGCUGUGAUUUUUCAUCGACAGCUAUUAAAAUUUUACAACAGAGUAAAGAAUAUGAUACGAGAAGGUGUAAAGCAUAUGUGCUUGACGUAACUCAAGAUGAUUGGAAUCCACCAUUUAAGGAAAAUAGUUUGGAUAUCAUAAUUCUAAUAUUUGUUCUUUCUGCAAUUCAUCCCGACAAAAUGCAACACGUUGUUAAGCAAAUUUAUAGGUAUUUAAAACCGGGAGGCUUAGUUUUAUUUCGAGACUAUGGGCGGUAUGAUUUGGCCCAACUAAGGUUUAAAAAAGGUCACUGUCUAGCUAAGAAUUUUUAUGCGAGAGGUGAUGGAACACGUGUCUACUUCUUCACACAAGAUGACUUAAAAGACUUGUUUACUAACUGUGGAUUUACCGAAAUACAAAAUCUUAUUGAUAGAAGAUUACAAGUGAAUCGAGGCAGACAAUUGCAAAUGUACAGAGUGUGGGUGCAAUGUAAAUACAAAAAAUUAUCUGCAUAAACAUUUAAUUC